UUUUCUUCUUCUUGUCCCAAACAAAAAGCUACCUUCAACGUGUAUAUAAACCCCUUCUAUCCCCUUCUUCUCCGCCAUCAAUCCUUUCAUCUUCAAUCUCAUCUCCGAAUUUGGUUCCCUGGUUAAUCUAAUCCGCUCAGUGCCUCCAUUGCUCUUAUCUUCUCCUCCCUCCCCACCUAGCAACAGUAUGUCUGGAGUGUGGGUGUUCAACAAGAAUGGGGUGGCGAGGCUGGUGCAGAACCCGGGGGCGGAGCCGAUCGACGGCACGACGCCGUCGAAUGCGCGCCGGAAAGUGCUGGUUCACAUCCCAACGAACGAGGUGAUCACGUCGUAUGCGCAGCUGGAGAGGAAGCUCCUGAGCCUGGGCUGGCUGCGCUACUACGACGACCCGGAACUCAUCCAGUUCCACAAGGAGGGGUCCAUUGACCUCAUCUCACUGCCCAGGGACUUCUCUAGGUUCAAGACCAUGCACAUGUAUGAUGUGGUGAUCAAGAAUCGCAACAUAUUCGAAGUGAGGGACAUGUAGUUCAGACGGCAUCUUACUCCCUCUUCUUCUUCUUCUUCUUCUUUUUCUUCUUCUUCGUCUGUGUGUGCAAUAAGUAAGAGUCAUCCCCACGCCAAUUUGGUGCACCGAUAUUUGAGGGACAAUAAACAUGGGGUAAGUCUAUAGGUCUAUGCAUAUGAACAUGCUAUGGGAAUGUCAAUUCGCUCAUGCUCUGGGAAUGAAAU